ACGAUGAUACCAAUCCACGCUCUUCAGAAUGAGCGCAGGGACGCCAGCAACCUUCUGCAGAAGCAGAAGACUACCAGCGGGGAAGCCAGCAGCGUCUCCUGCCUGGCCUGGUACAGGAGAAUAGGCAGCCAUCUUCUAGUGUUCGUGAGGACGCCCAUGCUCAGGAGGAUCUCCCUCGUCCUCUACUUCAACUGGCUGACUUGCACCAUGGUCUACUAUGGCAUCUCCCUCAACUCCGCCAACUUCAGCGUUGAUCCCUUCCUCUACAUGUUCCUGGGAGGGCUGGUCGAGCUGCCCUCCUCUACCCUCAUUCUGCCCUUCGUCACCAACUUCGGGAGGAAGAUCCCUCUCGUUAUUGUCUUCGUGCUCUGUGGCCUCUCCAUCCUCGUGCUGCUCCUCCUGCCACAAUUGAGGCUCAUCGAUGUGUCACGUUACUUCACUUGGGUUAAGGUACGAAACGUGCCUUUCGAAGCAUAUGAGACUGAUCUACAGAACGUCUUCAGCAGGUAUGGAACUGUACAUGUGGUGACCGUCGGAAAGUGGACAGAGGGUGCAUAUGCUGGCCUCCUUGAAGGUACCUUCUCACUGAAGAUGACUUGA